UUCAAGAUCGGUCGAGGAAAGAUCCGGAUAAGACAACCGUUUAUUUUGCCGUUGGCGAUUGAGAAGUCUAUUUGCCUCCCUUGUUGUUCCUACCUCUUGAUAGAAUUCGUUAUAUUCUCUCAACAGCAGUUUCGUGUCAGUCUUAGGUUUAGUAUUAUUCAGCUCUCACGUAUUCGCCUGGAAACGGCUAGACUGUUCUAAGUUGCAAGGUUGAACAGCAUUCAAAUUCAGCUUUGUUGUUUAAAACGGAAAUGCGACCGAAGUAAAGGUUUUGCUCAGCAAGAAUACAUUUGAAGGGAAUUUCUAGUCUUCGAAACUUGAGUUUCUUUUGAGAAAAAUUAACAACAGAUACUGUUUUCUCGUGUCAAAUUCGCGUUCGUGCGCUUGAACUCGGUCGAGCUAUAAGGCGUUGUAAAGUGGAAUGUUUGACAUCUAAUUUUGAAAUUUGACGCAGGAGAUCGUGUAACCAGGAAAGUUUGAACGGGGGAUUUAAUUAAAUUCAUGGCGAAAGACAGUGGUACUGAUGUGGAAAGAAGCAAAGGAACUGUUAUGAACGAGCCGUCUUCGAAACAAAAUGGAAACGACGAUCGGAGAUUUUCACUCAGACGAUUGUUUGGACGAUCAAAGACGUACAAAGGCGAGAACACGACGGAUAAAUUCACUCGAAAAAACAGCACUGAGGCACUGGCUAUUUGUCCAGUUUGUUAUGCAAUGAGAGCGAAAUCUCUGUUCCCAGAAAUCUCAACUUGUGAACAUCGAUCAUGUUUUGAGUGCUUGCGGCAGUAUAUGACAAUCGAAAUAAAUGAAUCGCGAGUGAACUUAACAUGUCCUGAGUGUUCAGAAAGAUUUCAUCCGAAUGAUAUAAAACUGAUUUUAAAUGAUGAUGUCCUUAUGGCCAAAUAUGACGAGUUUACUCUUCGAAGGACAUUAGUUGCUGAUCCUGAUUGUCGUUGGUGUCCCGCUCCGGACUGCGGCUUUGCAGUCAUAGCAUCGGGAUGUGCAAGCUGCCCGAAACUGCAGUGUGAAAGACCGGGAUGUAACACUGAGUUCUGUUAUCACUGCAAGCAAAUAUGGCAUCCUAAUUUGACUUGUGAUGCAGCACGACUUCGGCGAGCUACUCACAUCAAAUCCAUCUCUGGAUCUGAAGGAAGAAGCUCAAAUGGCUCAGAUGACAUGAAGCCAUGUCCGAGAUGUGGAGCUUUUAUUAUCAAGAUGGAUGAUGGUUCAUGUAAUCAUAUGACUUGUGCAGUGUGUGGAGCAGAGUUUUGUUGGUUAUGUAUGAAGGAAAUAUCAGAUCUUCAUUACUUGAGUCCUUCUGGUUGUACCUUUUGGGGUAAAAAGCCUUGGAGUCGCAAGAAGAAAAUCCUCUGGCAAAUGGGAACACUCAUAGGUGCACCUCUUGGAAUAGCUCUUGCUGCAGGGGUGGUUCUUCCUGCCAUGGUAAUUGGUAUUCCCGUGUAUGUUGGCCGACAGGUGCAUGACAAGUAUGACAAGCCAUAUCAGUCAAGAAGGAAGCGGAACUUUGCCAUCACUGGGGCAGUCACCCUUUCUGUCCUUGCAUCCCCCAUCCUAGCUGCACUUACUGUGGGUGUUGGGGUACCAAUUGCUCUUGGGUAUAUCUAUGGUGUAGUGCCAGUUUCUCUGUGCCGCAGUGGAGGCUGUGCAACAGUAACAAAUAUUCGCAAUGGCAAGGGAGUGAACCUUGAUUUUGACGAAGAUGGAGACCCUGGGCCAGCCAGUGUCGCUGGGGUGUUUGGUACAUCACAAUCUAGCAGCAGAAGCAGCAUGAGAGUUGGGGAAAAGGGGUCUUCAACAGGGGUGGUGACAGUUGUGGCCACUGUCAACAACACAGGAACAGACACAGAAAGCGGCAAGCAACCCAGUAUCAGCAUGAGUCAGGACUGUUCCAGCUUAGAUAGUGGUACAAUUGGCCCAAGAGGUGUUGGUGACGGUGACAGCCAUGCAUCCCUCAUCCCUGGCCCUAGAAGCUGCACUGUGAGCAUAGCCAGCAGCUUUGACAAUUUUAACAUCAAUUCUUGUGAUGGAAUAGGAACAUCUUCAUCUAUUGCAGAGGCUAUGGUAAUGGAAACUGAUGUUGUAGAUAGAACAUCUGUAACUAACAUCUCUCACCAAGGAAGCACAGUGGAUAAGGACAGUUUAUCGGUCCUGGAAAGUGUUGGUAGCAAUGAAGAUGAUUAAUUUCUUGUACCAUGUGAGUUUAGGAAAUAGUUUUUAAUGUCUAAUUUAUUUUUUGUCUAUUAAUUACUUAACUUGUAAAAAUAUUCACCAAGCUCAGUAGGAUUCUUGUAGAAAGAUAAAUCAGAAAUCAAAAUGUUAAUAUUUUUUCAUAAUUAAUUUUAAGCAUUUCUAUGGUUUUUUUUUUGCUCUCCUUGUAAAUCUCACAAAGUGAAAUCCUUAGAUUUUUUUUAAAGUAUUGUAGAAGUGAUAAGAGACCUUAAACAAACUAAUGUGGUGAUGGCAAUGAGGACAUGGCAAAACAAAAGAUCUUAUGGAAAGAAGGAUAGCUCAUCUUGUGGGUAUAAGAACUUUGUACUUUUCUUAGCCAUCCUCUGCAAAAAAAAAAAAAAAAAAAAAACAAUGUGAAAUCACUUAAAUUUGCA